AUGUUCUCCAGAUUUGCAAGGCCGAUACAACAAUCAACAUCGUCACGGCUGGCAUUCUUCUUAACUGGAACUGCUAUAGCUAUACCUUCUAGCUUAAUAUGUGCUGAAGGAAAUGUCUUCCAAUCGCCAAAGGCUAAACUACCAAUAUACGACCAGCCGGAAAAGCAACGAGUGAUUAUCGAAGAACCGUCAACUCUGGAAGUAAUGAUUCGAGAGUCAAGGCAUACAGUCACAGAUGCAUUCUCAACUACUCGACAAUCGAUACAACACGUCGUGGAUGAAUGGAUAGGCUAUGAGAAUAAGCUGAAGGAUGUUGUAGUCAGUUAUGCAGACAAAGGAGAUACGUUACUGCCUGGCGGCAUUUAUGUGACUAUUGGGUUCUUUGCUGGAUCUAUCUUGUCUCGAAAUCGAAACUUUGUAUGGAGAACCCUCUUCCCACUCGGCAUAGCCCUCACAACCUUUGCUUACAAUUAUCCAGUGAUGUCUAAAACCAUUUUCACAAAGGCAAUAAUCAAGGACACUGAUCUCCCCAAACUCGAAUUCAGUUUCCAAAAGUCGUUUGAUGAUGCUUUGGAAUGGGUUAAACAGCAAACUGGCAUGUCGAAUAGUAAGGAUAACAGUAAUCUGGUCAGCAAAGUCGAAAAGAUGUACAGUACGAGGGAAAAACCUGGCGUUGAUGAAAUGCUUUUGGGGUCGACCAGCUUUAAGACUCCUGUUGCUGGUGGUAGUGGAGCAGCAACAGCAUCGUCAACGCCUAAUCUUGUUGUAGAGGAAGGUCGACCUAAGGCAUAG